AAUAAAAAAAAAUUGUUGCCCAGCAAGCGUUUGUUUUGAAAGUUAUGUCCGGAAGUCCUGUGAUUUGAUUGUGGCUCACUUGACAUUACGCGCACUUCAAUGCCAACUUUAGAGCGCACAGGCGCACUGUUCACUGACAAAGACGGUUGUAUUGAACGGAGAAGACUUCACGCAGCAGUCACCUCUGAGCAAACAUUUGUUUUUUUCAACUAAAACGCAGAAAUUAGAAGAUUUGGAAGGUUUUUACGCACAGCGCCAGAGCUUCUGGUGACUUGCGUUUACUUUGACAGCACAGUUGUGUGAAAAUCUCGAUAAGUUGGGCUGUUUUGUGGCGGACUUGUUGUCACUAUAAUGUGGGGGAUCCAGAGGACGCGGUAUGCAGACUGCAACGGCUCUGAAGCCAGUGAAGAGACAGAGAUUGUUGUUAACAUCGGCGGGGUGAAACAGGUGUUGUAUGGGGACGUGUUGAAUCGCUACCCGGAGACCCGGCUGGCAGAACUGGUGGACUGUUCACUGAAGUCCUCUGAAGAAAUAUCUUUACUAUGUGACGACUACGACCCUGAUACAGGAGAGUUUUAUUUUGACAGAGACCCCGAAGCAUUUAAGUGUAUAAUUGAGCUGUAUCAUUAUGGAGAGAUUCACAUGAAACGAGGCAUCUGUCCAAUUUGUUUUAUGAAGGAGAUGGAGUUCUGGAAAAUCGGCUCUGAUUUUCUGGAUGACUGUUGUAAAUGCCACCUGAAGGAGGUAGAGGAUGAACUUGCAGAGAUCGCAGAGAAAGUGAAAACUAUCCUGGUGGACCGAGAAGGAGAUCCGUCUGCAGGAGGCUGGCAGCGCUUCCAGAUGUGCCUCUGGAGGCUGAUGGAGAAACCGGAGUCCUCUGUGCCUGCGCACAUAAUCGCUAUAGUUUCUUUCAUCUUCAUCCUCGUCUCCUCGGUGGUGAUGUGUGUCGGGACCAUCCCCGACCUGCAGGUGGAGGACUCGGAGGGUAACCUCUCGGAACACCCGACUCUGGAGGUCAUUGAGACGGUGUGCAUCGGCUGGUUUACUAUUGAAUACAUCCUGCGUCUGAUCUCCUCCCCAAAUAAAAUAAAAUUUGUCCUGUCUUUCAUGAACAUCAUCGAUUUCAUGGCGAUCAUGCCCUUCUUCGUGGUGCUGAUUCUGACCUCUUUCGGCGCAGGAGUGAUGGAGCUGGCUAACGUGCAGCAGGCGGUGCAGGCUUUACGCAUAAUGCGCAUUGCGCGCAUUUUCAAGCUGGCACGACAUUCCUCUGGACUCCAGACCCUCACAUCUGCCCUGAAGAGCAGCUUCAAAGAGCUCGGACUGCUCCUCAUGUAUAUGGGCGUGGGGGUCUUCCUUUUCUCCGCAUUGGGCUACACCAUGGAGCAGAACCAUCCGGACACCUUGUUCACCAGCAUCCCACAGUCGUUCUGGUGGGCUGUGAUCACCAUGACCACGGUGGGCUAUGGAGACGUCUACCCCAAGACCACUUUAGGUCGGUGUAACGCGGCCAUCAGCUUUCUGUGCGGGGUGAUCGCCAUAGCGCUGCCCAUACACCCCAUCAUCAACAAUUUUGUCCUGUUCUACAACAAGCAACAGGUGCUGGAGACUGCGGCCAAGCAUGAGAUUGAACUGAUGGCACUGCGCUCCGGCGUUGGCGAGCUGGAGGCCGCACCCAGCCCCCAUAAACAUGUUUGUGGUGCAGGGGUCUGGGACAACACCAUUCGCUCCUGUCACAGCGACACAUACAUCCCCUUACUUAAGGAUCCCAGGGGAGGGGCAGGGAUGCAGACUCCCAGCAUGGAAACAAGCUUUGAAAGCACAGCCGAGGCCACUGAAUAUUUCAUCUCAUGAACACUGAAGACCCUGCAUCAUUUGAAAAGACUCUGCAAAAAAAGAUAAACAACAACAAAACAUCAAAUCAAUUAUUAAUUUUUGACUUAUUCAAACUUAACCAGCACAAUUGAGGGUAAUGAUACCAUGAUAGAGGCGUGCUUGUAAAUAGCCUAGUACAAAUAGUAGGACCGCAGCAGUGCUAUACAAGGAACUGUAAUGCAUAUAAUUAAUUGCACCCAUUAAAGGGACAUAUGUGUGAGA